CUUGAUAGUACUGAUAACCUGUGGGUGGAAAGUUCCCUCUCUGUGGUCAGUCACUCUGUCUCUCUUCGUUCCUGGACUAGGAACCUAGGGCCUUUCACUGUGUGAUGCGGUGGGCACGGCUGCUGCCCCUGCUGUGGGCAGGGUGCCUGGCUAUGGAGGCUUAUAGGAUCUCAGUGACUGAUUCAGUGACAGUGCAGGAAGGCCUGUGCGUCUUCAUACCCUGCCAAGUCCAGUACCCUUAUUCCAAUGGACCUGUCUUUGGCUACUGGUUCCGGAAGGGGACUGAUAUAAGCAGCGGCUCUCCAGUGGCUACAAAUGACCCACAUCGAUCAGUACUGAAGGAAGCUCAAGGUCGAUUCUAUCUCAUGGGGAAACAAAAUGGUCAUAACUGCUCCCUGGACAUCAGAGAUGCACAGAAAAUCGACACAGGAGAGUACUUCUUCAGGUUGGAUGGUUCUGUGAAAUACAGUUUUCAGAAUUCAAUGCUCUCUGUGCAUGUGAUAGCUCUGACUGAGAUCCCUAACUUCCAAGUCACAUCUGCCCUGGUGUCUGGCACUUCUACCAAACUGCUCUGUUCUGUGCCCUGGGCCUGUGAGCAGGGGACACCCCCCAUCUUUUCCUGGAUGUCAUCUGCCCUCACUUCCCUGGGCCACAGGACCACCCUCUCCUCAGAGCUGAACCUCACACCCAGGCCUCAGGACAAUGGCACCAACCUCACCUGUCAGGUGAACUUACCUGGCGCUGGGGUUACUGUGGAGAGGACUCAACAGCUCAGUGUCACCUAUGCUCCACAGAAGAUGACCAUCAGGGUGUCCUGGGGAGAUGACACAGAAACUAAAGUCCUGAAUAGUGGAGCAUCUCUGCAGAUCCAAGAGGGUGAGUCCGUGCACCUGGUCUGUAUGGCUGACAGCAACCCCCCUGCCAUGCUGAGAUGGGAGCACUCGGCCCCAAAGCCCCUCCAGCUCUCUACCACCGCCGAACUGCGACUGUCACCGGUGGAGUUGGAGGACCAGGGAAAAUACGUCUGCCAAGCUCAGAACAGUCUGGGUAAUCAGUCAGCCUCUGUGAGCCUCAGCAUAAGGAGCCCUCUACAGCUGCUGGGACCCUCCUGCUCCUUUGAGGGUCAGGGUCUGCACUGCAGCUGCUCCUCCAGAGCCUGGCCUGCCCCUUCCCUGCGCUGGCGGCUGGGGGAGGGGGUGCUGGAGGGGAACAGCAGCAAUGCCUCCUUCAAGGUUACAUCCAGCUCCACAGGACAGUGGGCCAACAGCUCCCUGAGCCUCAGCAUGGAAUUCAGCACUGACCGCAGACUCAGCUGUGAAGCUGGGAGUGACGGUGGAGUUCAGAGGGCCACUAUCUUGCUGGUGCCAGGCCCAGAGGUCUCACAGGCAGGCAAAUCAGAAACCAGUAGAGGAACGGUCCUGGGGGCCAUCUGGGGAGCAGGUCUUACUGCCUUGCUUGCUGUCUGCCUCUGCCUCAUCUUCUUCACAGUGAAGGUCCUCAGGAAGAAAUCAGCCCUGAAAGUAGUAGGCUCAAAAGACAACCAUCUUGUCAAGAACCCUGCCUCCACCAUAAAGAGUGCAAGCAUGACUUCGUCCGACAUUUCGUUGGGAUACCCAAUCCAGGGUCCUCUGAAUGAACCAGGGUCACAGGCCCAGAAAGAACAACCACCCCUUGCCACAGCCCCAGACACCCCAAAGGAUGAGCCUGAACUCCACUAUGCCUCCCUCUCCUUCCAAGGCCCGAUGCCCCAGAAGCCUCAGAACACGGAGGCCAUGAAGUCUGUAUACUCAGAGAUCAAGAUCCACAAGAGCUGAAGCUCUUUGCUCCAUGUGUCCCAGUGCUGGCUGGAGUCCCAGAAAGGCAUGGCUGAGGACAGCAAGUGCUAGAAGCGUGUUGUAAUAUCAGUGGCCCUCUAAACCAAAGGCUAUGUAGUGGAGGGAGGGAGUUUUGGAAAGAAUGAAGGUCAGAGAGAUUUCUAGGUUCAAUUCCAGAUUCAGUGUUACCCCCAGAGAAGCCACCUUUUCUCUUUGUGCCCUCUCUUCCUCUUCUGUAAUAAUAAUCACAAGGGUCAUAAUCAUGAGGCGUGUCAAGGAGAAAGUGUAGUGUUUAUUGUUGAUUAUUUGGCUUUAUGUUGACUGAGCAGUGUGGAAGAACAUUUUGACUUUAAUGCAUACUUGAAUUUUACUUGUAUAUAUCUAAGAACAUAUGUUAGUUCCUAAAGUUAUUCUGUUUUGAAGUGUGACUGAGUUGUAGCUACAUAUAUCUCAGAUUGGACUCAGAUUGGAUGUUCUGCAAACUCUUAAAGAUCACACAGAUGCCAGCCCAGACUACUAUACCCAGCAAAAUUAUCAAUCACAGGGCAUAAAAUUAAUAUAUAAAGAUCUUUCACAAAUCAAUAAAAGUGACAGAUAAUUCAAUACAAAAUGGUAUAUGUGAGUGGCCAGCAAACAUACAAGAAGGUGGUCUCAGUCAGUGCUUGUCAAUGAAAUAUAAAUAAAUACAAUACAGCUA